AUGGCAGACCAUCCCCACCAACUUGGGGCUGACACACUUGAAGUGGACUACGAGGCGCUUCCAGAAGAUGCCAGCAUCAUCGCCCAUCUCUCUGCUGGUGCCUUUGCUGGUAUCAUGGAACACACAGUGAUGUAUCCUAUCGACUCAAUCAAAACCCGAAUGCAGAUUAUAGCAUCAGGCCAGGCGUCGAGCCGUUCUGUGAUUUCGUCCAUCAGCCGCAUUAGCUCGAGUGAAGGUGCCUAUGCUUUGUGGCGUGGUGUUUCUUCUGUCGUGAUGGGCGCAGGUCCAGCACAUGCCGUGUACUUUUCUGUUUUCGAAGCAACCAAAACCAUGUUGGUCAAUCGCCUAACAAACUCUUCUUCCACCAAAAUCGUCACUGACGAGAGCCAUCCGUUGAUUGCUUCUGGAGCUGGAAUUGCUGCUACUAUCGCCUCUGAUGCUUUGAUGACGCCGUUUGAUGUGUUGAAACAGAGAAUGCAGGUGGGCAAUGAGGCGAAAGCAUCUUCAGUCAAACUUCUUCUGACUGCACUUUCCAUCUAUAAGACAGAGGGUGCCAGUGCAUUCUUCAUCUCUUACCCAACAACUUUGUUUACAAAUAUCCCGUUUGCUGCGCUCAACUUUGGUUUCUACGAGUACUGUUCGUCAUUGUUGAACCCUGAAAAUACUUAUAACCCAUACUACCACUGUGUUUCUGGUGGAAUUGCUGGAGGAAUUGCUGCAGCCUUGACCAAUCCCUUUGACUGUAUAAAAACCGCUUUGCAAACAAGAGGCAUUUCAACCAAUGAGUCAUUACGAAACGUCAAUGGUUUUAGCAGCGCUGCAAGAGCUUUAUACAGACAUGGUGGCUUUGGUGCCUUUAUGCGAGGAUUGAAACCCCGGAUCAUAUUUAAUGUGCCUAGCACUGCCAUUUCGUGGACCGCUUACGAGAUGGCCAAGGAGGUAUUGUUAAGAGAUUAG